AUGAAAGAGAUUGUGGAGGAGGAAUCACAACUACAAGUAUCGAAGACGAAUACUUUUCUGAAGAAAGUCUAUGAAUUUUUAAAGAUUGAAAUUGCUAGACAACAGAAUGGAUUUGAAAAGCUAGUGGAAGAGACAGAGCCAAAUGACAGCUCUUUGGUGGCUAAAUAUACUAAGGUAAUGGACUUAGAUUUGUCAAAAGAGAGUUCGCUCUCUGUGGACGGUGUUACAUUAAGCACGAUGCACAUCCCUCACCCUUUACAUAGCUUCAUGAAGAAAGACUCAAAGAACAUACCCGAACAUAUCAAUAUUGAGCGAGAAUUACAAGAAGCGCCUGUAUUGCUAUUUAUCCAUGGUUUAGGUGGUCAGAUGUCUCAAUUUCAUCCACUUAUGGGUUUGCUUUCUCAAUGUCUGGAGAUUGUAGCGUUGGAUUUACCAGGUUUCGGGAAUUCCCGUUUAGAGUUCCAUGAAUCUGCAAGAAUGGUUAGCUCAUUUACAGAGGAAGAAAAGCAUAGGAUCUCUAGCAGUAUUUCCAAGAUGAACUGGGAUGAUUUCAGUACUGAUAAUAUUGUUAAAAUAGUUCGGCAGUUCACGAAGCAAGCUAUUCCAGCUGAUAAGAAGAUUCUAUUGAUUGGCCAUUCUAUGGGUACUCAUCUCGCUAUUAAGCUUGCAAAAUGUCUUCCACCACAUACCGUUGAGGGAUUAAUCUUGCUUUCCCCUCCUGGACUUGGAAAUGAUAUUGAUGGUGGUACUCAACAAAGUAAUCCUAGCACAAUAUCUAUGUUAAAAAUAUUCACGUAUGUGCCUUGGUUAUUCAAUUGCUUCAGAGUAUGGGACAGAUUGGAAGGGUUGGAAAGUAAAAGCGUAUUGAGACAGCUAUGCAAGGAUGACCACACUAUUAGCAUGUAUAGCAAGCUUCGCCAACUUAGAUGGAAUAUGGAUAUAAAUUCAAAUAUAAUCUUAAAGUAUAUCAAUGGCUUUAAAAAAGCCACCUUCUCGGACCUAGUGACUGCCAUCCACCAGCUCAAUGAUGAUCCGAAGGAUCAUAGAAUUUAUCAAAAGACUUUGAUUAUAGGCGGCACGAGUGAUCAAGUAACAUCAGUAAAGGUUGUUCGUGAAAUAGAUCGAUUCUUGAGCGAAACAUUUAAUAGAAAGGUCUCUUGUGCUAUUGAAAUUAAUAAUGCGGGCCAUUCUCUUUUACUAAUGAAGCCGGAAUUUGUUAGUGGAAUGGUUUUACGUCAUAUUGAAACAAACUUCCCUGAACGCCUUCGCCUAUCUCCAGCUUGGGUCCUAAAAUUAAAAGCUGACAUAUCCGGUGACAAGUGGGGUUUAAAGAAUGAAUUGAAAUGGCUGAAGCUCCAGCCAAUUUCUGGAAAUAUAGCACGCAAUAACGGAAAAGAUGUCUCUCCUUUAUUAGCGAUGAAAACCUUGAGAGAAGAUGAUGAGUUUCAUUCACCAGCUACGCUUGAGGACUUAUUUUAUGGCUCCCUUAACAUAGAAGGGGCUCCGGAGGGUAAGCUCAUCGCUAUAGUAGACAUUUCAGCAGACAUUCCACCGUAUAACCCAACGUCUCUUAAACAUGUCAAAUACUAUAAAUGCGCCACCGUUUCUAAAGUUGUGCCAGAUCAAGUUUCUAUUAGAAGAUUCAUACAAUUGAUAGACGACAUCCUUAAAGACAACAAAGUGGAAGAUCCACUUAUAGCUGUUCACUGCCAUUACGGUUUUAAUAGAACAGGCUUCUUAAUAUGCUGCUAUCUUGUUGAAAGAUUAGGAUGGUCUGUAGAAGAGUCACUUGCUGGUUUCAAAGCAGCCAGGGAACCAGGCAUUAAACAUCCUCAUUUUAUUGAUGCUUUAUAUGUGAGAUAUCAGAGCUAA